UUUAGUAUAGAUACCAUUAGAAUUCUGAAAAUGCGAUUUGUACUCUACAUAUCAUUAUAAUACUGAAACAAAAUGAGAAACUGAAAAGAAAAGUUUCUUGAAUUUGAUGGCAAAAAGAGAGUGAAAUAAAAGGAAUGAAAUUAAUCAAUGUGAGAUUUAAAAAAGAAAAGAACAGAGCUAUAAAAAUAUAGUAAGAUGGUUGAAUGAAGUGGGGUUUGUUUUAAAAAAAAGAUUAAAUAUAUUUCAAUGGUUAAUGUUUUGUUUCGAAUCGGAGAUUUAUUAGAUAAUUGAUGGGUUAAUAUUUUAAAUUCAAAGCUAGUUUUUAAAUAAUUUGGGUUCUUUCUAGUGUUGAAAUUUAAUUAUAAAUUUAUGAGAUGCGGGGUUUGAAUUUUUUUUAAAUAUUUAUAAAUUCUGGUACGAAAAUCGAUUUCUGAUAUUGUUGGACUAUAAAGAAAAAAAAGAGGGUUCAAAUUCCAUGCAUAACCAUCAUCGCUUGAGCUACUUUGUGAAUGUAAUCGAGUGCAACCUGUUUGUAGAAAUGUCUAGAACAAACUAGUCUUUUGACUGUUUGGAAAGGUGGAAAAGGAAUGCUCAUAUGAGGUGUUGAAAUUGUGAAUGGAGCUCACUAUAACGCAACCUGAUGAUUGGCAUCUUCACCUUCGAGAUGGCGACCUACUUAAAGCUGUUGUUCCACACAGUGCAAGUCAUUUUGGAAGAGCAAUUGUGAUGCCGAACUUGAAACCUCCUGUCACCACAACAGCUGCUGCUAUGGCUUAUCGUGAAUCCAUCUUGAAAGCACUGCCAGCCAAUAGAAAGUUCACUCCACUCAUGACUCUUUAUUUGACUGAUAACACUAGUCCUGAUGAGAUCAAACUUGCUAGAAAAAGUGGGGUUGUAUUUGCUGUGAAGUUGUACCCUGCAGGUGCUACAACAAAUUCUCAAGAUGGUGUUACCGAUCUAUUCGGCAAAUGCCUACCAGUGCUUGAGGAGAUGGCCAAGCAGAAUAUGCCUUUGCUGGUUCAUGGGGAGGUUACAGAUCCUAAUGUUGACAUAUUUGAUCGUGAGAAGGUCUUCAUUGAAACUGUUUUACAACCUUUGAUCCAAAGGCUUCCUAGGUUGAAGAUUGUAAUGGAGCACAUAACCACGCUAGAUGCUGUAAAGUUUGUUGAAUCUUGCAAAGAAGGAUUUGUGGCAGCGACUGUUACUCCACAGCAUCUUGUUCUGAACAGAAAUGCUAUCUUCCAAGGUGGAUUGCAGCCACAUAAUUACUGCCUUCCAGUACUCAAAAGAGAGACUCAUAGGCAGGCUAUUGUUUCAGCUGUGACUAGUGGAAGUAAAAAAUUUUUCCUUGGAACUGAUAGUGCUCCUCAUGAGAGAAGAAAAAAAGAAUGUCCUUGUGGAUGCGCUGGUGUUUACAAUGCUCCUGUUGCACUGUCACUAUGUGCCAUGGUCUUUGAAGAGAUGGGUGCACUUGACAAGCUAGAGGCGUUUACAAGCUUCAAUGGGUCAGACUUCUAUGGCCUUCCCAGGAACACAUCAAAGAUCAAACUAUGCAGAGCUACAUGGGUGGUUCCUGAGGCUUUCUCAUUUCCGUUCGGCGAUAUCAUUCCAAUGUUUGCUGGUAAAACACUUGAAUGGCAGCCAUCUUCAAUUUAAUUGCGCAUCACAUAUUGCAAUAAUGCACUAUGAUUUUUUUCGCUCAUCUCCUGCCCUAUUCUGCAACUCAGAAUAAAUUUUAUUAUGAAAUCCUUGAAUGCAUCAGACAGUUAAUGAA